AUGAUUGAGCCAGUGAGACAAGAGGUCUUGUCAUCAAUAGGAAAGGUGACUGCGGACGUUCGCAAGCAGUAUCCUGACUCCAUACCCGAAGGACCGAAUUGGUUUCUCAACAGUAUCGGCUUCAAAGCUAAGUCGCUCCAAGAAACUGAAACUAAGUGCAUUGCCGAUUUGCGCACGUUCAUCGAAGAGCAGAAGCUACGCUGUCUUACUGACACAUCCGAGGUCUCCUACUUCGGAAACGCCAUGAUCGACGUAUAUACAGCAAGCAGGAGCAUUUCCCACGUAUACAUAGCGAGCAGGACAGUCGUCUGGCGGCGAAAGAAGGAAGAGACACUGAAGCGUCUGCAAUUGGAAGGAUUUGAGCGACUGCUUUGCGACGAACAGACAACGCCAUUCCAUGCCAUUCGUGUACACUUGGGAAACGCCAUCGAUUCUCAGAAGCAGCUGGUCAAGGAGUACUUCAAGUGCCAGAUUGAGCUUAUAUUCCAGGCCAUCAGUGGCGAUCUGAAGCGAAUGGGGGAUGAACGUGCGAUCCGGAACAAUGACAAAGACCAGGACGUUCGCGAGCGAAUCAACAGGAAGCUGUCGAACGCGAAAGAGGAUCUUGGGACAAUCGUGGCGAUGUUGAAGGACAACGACGUUGAUGUGGAUAGUAUCUAG